GGACAAUAGCGUUCUGAUCUCAGCUUCCCGGGGGUUGGUCCCUCCAGGCCCUGCUUAUCUAGCGAACCUGUUUAAUUUUGUUCCUACUGUUAGCGCCAUCUGAAAUUAUUUUCUGUGUUUAUUGGCCUUCGGUCUCGCCCGACCUAACAUGUCCCUCCAUGUCACAGGGACUUGUCCCGUUCACAGCUGUGGCCUGGGAAAUGGUAGACGUUCAGUAUGCAUUUGCUGAAUGAACGAAUGAGUAAUGGCUGGUCAUGUCUUGCUGUGUACUGGGCACUUGGCUAGGCCCUCUCGGUGCAUCCUUUUGUGAAGGAUGGGUGGGAUGGAGGACUGAGAACUGGCUAGAUGUGUCAGGAGAGUGGGGGCAGUGAGGGAGAAGGGACUUUGGGGGAGGUCAGGAAGCAUGGUGGAGAUUUUGGAGUAUGUUCUUACACUCCCAAGACCACCUGGUAGUGUGGUCCUGAGCUGAGUGAACGGGUCCCUUCCUGGAGAGCCCAUCCCCUUGUGUGGAUUGAGUGUUUGCACACUUUCCACAAGCGUCCACUCACACACCAUUUCUGUCCCCUUCAGAGCACAAUUCCAAAGGGCUGUUUGUACUCACUGCUUCCACUUCCUUUCCUCCCAUUAUUACUCUUUUUAAAAUGAAUGUUUUUAUUGGCGUAUACCAUACAUACACUAAAGUGCAUAGAUCACAAGCACACAGCCAGGUGAAUGUUCACGAGGUGAAUACACCUGUGUGACUGUGCUCCCUGAAGGCAGGAGACCUCCUGCUCCCCUCCCUCUCUCCUCUCCCCUACCAAGUAACAGGUGUGCUGCUGAGUGGAUUCGUUGUGGCUGUUUUGAACUUUACAUAACUGCACACAGUGUGUCCUCUUUUCUGUCUGGCUGCUUUUGCUCACCUAUGUUUGUGAAUCAUCUUAUUGCACGCAGCAGUAGGUCAUUCAUGCUCACUCAGCUUCAGCACUUGAGUAUCUAAAAACUACUUUGUAUUUAAUGUCUAAUAUACAAGAACCAACUCUCCUUUCCCCAAACCUGCUUCUCCUACAGCCUCUCCCAUCUCUACAUGAAAUUCCUUCCAGUUUCUCCUCAACGUCUUAUUUCAUGGCCUGCACACAGUCCAUCUGCAAACCUUAUUGCCUUGCUUUCAGAAUCCCCCUUACAAGGUCUGUCCUCUGAUUUCCACCUCCACUGCUGACCCCCUGGUCCUGGUGCCCUUCAGUAGCCAGUGUGGACUCAGGUCCAAGAUGGCCCUCUCCCUGAGGCCUGGUGCUGUCUGCCCUUGUCCCUUUCUCACUUGUCUCCUAGCUCUCCUUGUGCUCCUUCUACCCCAGCCUCCCCUCCCCCCAUGGCUCCUCAUCAUGCUAGACAUGCUCUCGGUGCAGCGCUUUUGCUCUGCUGGCAGUUCCCCACUGCCCUCAGUCUCUGCUUGGAUGUCCUCUUCACAGUGGCCUUCCCUGACCACACUGGUGCUUCCUGGCACUUACCACCAUCUGGCACAGUCUACAUCUCUUUGGUCUAGUGUCUGUCUUUCUAGAAUGGAGGCUCCAUGAAGGCAGGGGCUUUGUCUUGCUCACUCCCAUAUCCCCAGCACCACACUCAGGGCUCAACACAAGCACGCUCUUGAGUGAGUGGGUGAAGGCCCAUCUGCAAACUUCACUUCAGAAACACUGUGCCCUUGGGCUCUUGGCCAUGUUCCUGAUCACAGGUUUUCUUCCAGGGAUGCCACUAAGGCCAUAGCCUCCAGAAAUUGGAUGAGUGUAAAAAUGUCCUGGGGGCAGUGUCUGACCUCCUUUAACUUCACAAGGGGAAGGAGAAUCAAGAUGAAGAGACCAAGGCUGAUUCCUAUGAGGUGGAGGUUCCCAUUCAGCCGCCCAGAACUGCUGAAGGAAUGGGUGCUGAAUAUUGGCCGGGGCAACUUCAAGCCCAAGCAGCACACCGUCAUCUGCUCCGAGCACUUCCGACCCGAGUGCUUCAGCGCCUUUGGAAACCGCAAAAACCUGAAGCACAAUGCUGUGCCCACAGUGUUUGCCUUCCAGGACCCCACGCAGUUGGUUAGGGAGAACACAGACCCUGCUGGAGCGAGAGGAAAUGCCAACCCUCAGAAGGAAAAGGUUUUGCCUAUGGCGGGGGUGGAUGGCACAGGCAGAAGCAUGGACACGACCCUGGAUGAACUUCAGGUGCCCCCAAAUGCCGAAGCUCCUGGGAAAGAGGUCUUGCCAUACAGACUGGAAGCAGCGGAGGCUCCUGCUCGGCCAGCCAGCCCCAUGGGGUUGAAGCAGUCCCUGCCCAAACAGCCCUCUGAUCACAGCUAUGCCCUUUUGGACUUGGAUGCCCUGAAAAAAAAACUCUUCCUCACCCUGAAGGAGAAUGAAAAGCUCCGGAAGCGCUUGAGGGCCCAGAGGCUAGAGAUGCGGAGGAUGUGCCGCCGCCUCAGCGCUCGCAGAGAAGGGCGGCAGAGAGCCCAGGCCUGCAUGCGGCCUGAGCAGCAGAGCUGAGGGUACAGCCGGCUUUGUCUCCAAGGCUCCAGGCUGCCCAUGGCAUGGGGGCGGUGGUAGCCUAGCAUCCAGAGCCUGGUGGUGGUUUCUGGCUCUUGCUGGUGACAUUUCAGUCUGCUGCCAGCGCUCGGAAAGUGGCAGUGAGAGGAUGGCCAACCUACCUGGUGAAGAAGAUCCCAAACAUCAUCAGAUGUAAGGCAUUACACAAGGAGAGGGAGGGAACCAUGAGUGUGACAAGUUAGUCCCACAGUGACCGCCCCGAGUCCCCACUAAGGCAGGCUUACUUAAGGCCACACUUUCCGCACAAGCCAGGCUGGCAACGGGGGCACCACAGGCUCAAGGAGCUGUCAGGAACCAGUGUGACAGCCACUGCCCCAGUGGAAGAGAGAACUGUUCUCCAGAGUGCAUUUCCUGAGGGGCAGUGGGUUCCAGGAUAUACUGGGCCCGUGGGGUCCUUCCUAGUCCCCCAGAUGAAGAGGGAUGAGGGCUGACUCCAAGGCAGUGACCGGACGGCCAGCGUCCCUACAGUAAGGGGCUGAGAUCUAAGGGGUGACUCCUCUCGCCACCUGGUUGAGCAAACAAUAAAGUGUCUUGCUACACUGCAGUGUUUCCUCCAUUUCAAAACGACUUAGUACGAAAGCGAGGUUUUCUCUCCUGCCAGCAGACUCCCUGUGGAAGCAGCAAUCUGUAAGCCGUUACAGAGCACACAGAGUGUGGUUACCUUUGAUUUUUUUUUUAAAGUGACUUCAGUUCAUUAAACAGAAAACAAAACCCCUGGCCUAAAUAAUUUCCUUACUUUGGACUGUCUUUCUCAGACUGCAGAAAACCACAGCUUCACCUUAAGCAGCAUGGUUUAAAAUGUGGUUCAAACAGGGAAAAAGAAAGGAUGGGAAUGAGGCCUGAGGGUAUGGGGGUGGGGGCAGGAGGGGUGAGGGUCGGCUGGGUGUGUUGUGGGAGCUCACUUGUAAAAAACACAGGUAACAUCACAAAGUGCGAUCCCCCGCUUUCUGGAAAGGUUUAUUAUGGUGCGAGAGUGCCUUUUGUACAAUCAACUUCAAACAAAAUGAAGAAAAUUCGGUGCUUGGAAGAACCACCUGCCACAUGGGGCUGCUUCCAUAGAGCGAUCCGUUUAACACAAGGUUUAUUGCACGAUUCACGUUUAGGGUUCAGGUUAGAGAGGUUUGUUUGUUUAAAUGGUGAUUAUACAACCUGAACUAUGUUUAAGAAUUUGAGGGAGGGGGUUGUCGGCAAUGAUUGGUACCAGUGCCAGGUGAAUGGAGCCGGAUUUUUGCCAUGGCUGUAGGGGAGUGGCCGGUCAACUAGCCAGGACCAGCAGUCAGCCACUGCCCAGCAGCCUUACGCUCCCGUGCCUGGGUCAUUCCAGGAAGCUGGGCUCUCCCAGGAGCCCAGCGAUCCUGCCAGUUAUGGCUGGGACAGCAGAUCCCCCAGCUCAGUGGGCAGUUGUUCACGUCAGUUAUCAGAGCUGGCUGAAUAGGGGCAUCUCGGCUCCUAAAGAAUGCUGUGCCAGUAGAACAGGCAAGAGAAGAAAGGGUCUUGGGACCAGAGCCACACCCCAGAAGGCAAGGAGACAGCUGCAAUGAGGUGUGUGGGGAGCAGCAGUGCCAUCUGCUGGGUGCUCAAGCCUGGGACAGGCGCAGGGCAGGAGGGAGCCGGGCUCCACACCUCCCUCACACCCAGGCAGCCUUCCUUGUGUUCUCCCUCCUCAGAGUUUGGCACAUGUCUGAAGCCCUGGUCUUUAACUCCCUACAACCUAAUGCUCCGCUUUUUCCUUGUGAGCCUCUCCACUGGAACCCUGUAUUGUAGAUCUGGGUGGGUACGGGCAGGUCCUGCUCAGCUGUGUGCAGGGUAGAGAAGUGUAGCUUGCAGCCACUGGCCUUCGGGCCUUUUCCCACCAGAGGACUUUGGUGACUUCUGGAAAGAAGGGACCUGGGACAGGGGUAGGCCCUGGGACUGGGGGUUGCACCACUGUUCCAGGCCACGGGCAGUUGGAAUGGUCGCUCUGAGAUGUUCUGGGAGCAGGAGGAAAGAGACCAAUUUCUAAACCCAGAUGUUCUCAGAGAGAAAGAAUAUAAUCCCAGAAUGCUCUCCAGAUUAACUCAGUAACAUUUCAACAGCGAGAGGUGGUGUUGAGGAAGCCGGCCGAGUAGAGGCUCACUUGGUCCUGGAGGCCUCAGUGUGGGAAACUCCUUCCUUCCUUUUGCCCUUCCAUGUUCAGUUUGGGUUUUAGGAAAAGUAGUUCACAGUCCUAAGCGUUGAGGGUGGGACGCUCCAUGAACACCUCAAAACAGAACGAGAACUACUGGUGGCAGGCGGCAGUCAGCACACACUGAGGAGCUUGGUGGGGACCAGAAGAGUCCGGGGUCCCUCCCUCCAGGAACAUGAUCCUUGGGACAACAGACACAGGCUGUGCAGCGGUUCUGGUUCACAUGGGGCUGCCUAAGCUCUUCCUGCAGUACCCGUGAGAGCUGGGGUGUCUGCCUGUCCCCGCACAUAACUGAUACAGUACCACUGUUUACAGAAAUAAUACAAAAUAAAAACAUCUGAUGUUUGGGGUUUUUCCCUGCUUCCAAAUUUGUAGACUCCCAGGACAAGAUUUUUUGCAGCCUCUUUUUAAUCUGGUUUAUCAAGUAGUUUAUCCAUCUGUAUCAAUCCUGUGAGCUGUAAAAGAAAACACAAACUUAGUACUGGUACGAUGACAGACACAUAGACCAAUGGGACAGAAUUCAGAACCCAGAAGUAAAUUCAUCCAGCUAUGGACAGCUGAUCUUUGACAGGAAUGGAAAGGGCAAGGAGGGAGAAUCACUUCUUGGAUUAUAAAAACCAAAAAACCAAACCCGUUGCCAUCAAGUCAAUUCCAACUCACAGCAACCCUAUAGGACAGAGUAGAACUGCCCUAUAGGGUUUCCAAGGAGCACCUGGUACAUUGAACCUGCCGACCUUUUGGUUAGCAGCUGAACUCUUAACCACUACGCCACCAGGGUAGAUGUGUAAUUUCUGGUGAAGAGAAAGGCAAUACACAAUAUAGGGGAAGUCGGCACAAUGUGACCAAGGCAAAUGACACUGAGAGGCACAUAAGAAUAAAGAACUACAGUAAUGACUAUAUGAUAUAUAAUUCUGCAACAACAGUAAUAGGAACCUAAAAUCUGUGUGUGGUUACAUAGGUAGAUACGUGUGCUAUAUAGAUGUGGGAGGGGACGACAUAUGGGAGUGUAUGCUUGUGCAUAUAUGGGUAUAGUUGUGGGUAACCGUAUAUAUCUAUUUGUAUAUGCUGCAUGUAUAUUCAUUUAUAUAAUACAGUACACAGGCGGCACAGUUAGGGAAGCUUUCUAGACAUAUCCAAAUACCUCAUGGGACUGAGUUACUGGGCUUGAAGGCUAAGGACCAUAGUCUCGGGGGACAUGUAGCUCAAGUGGCAUAACAUAGUUCAUAAAGAUAAUGCUCUACAUCCCAGUUUGGUGAGUACCAUCUGGGAUCUUAAAAGCUUGUGAGGAGCCAUCUAAAAUACAACGAUUGGUCUCUUCCUGUCUGGAGCAAAGGAGAGUAUAGGAAGCCACAGGCUCAAGGAAGAAACUGGUCCAAAAGACUAAUGGCCUACAACAACCACAGCCUCCUCUAGCCUAAGACCAGAAGAACUAGAUGGUGCCCAGCUACCACUACCAACAGCUCAGACCAUGGAUACAACAGAAGGUCCCAGUUAGGAUGGGAGAAAAAUGUAGAACAAAACUCAAAUUCAUAAAAAAGACCAGACUUACUGGAAUAAUAGAGACUGAAGGAAUCCCUGAAACUAUUAAAACACCCUUUUAACCUGGAACUUAAGCCAUUCCCUGAGGUCCAAAUAAUAGAUCGGCCUAUAAAAUAAACAGUAACACCUGUGAAGAAUAUGCUCCUUAGAACAAUCAAUAAAUGAGACCAAAUGGGCAACAUUUGCCCAAAAGCAAAGAUGAGAAGGCAAGGAGGGGCAGGGAAACUGGAGGGAUGAAGAUGGGGAAGACAGUGGAAAAGGGUAGAUUGUAGGCAUAGCAACCAAUGUCACGGAACAAACUGUAUAAAAACUGAAUGGGAAACUAAUGUGCUGUGUGAAGUUUCACCUAAAAUAUCAUAAAAUGUUCAAAAAAAAAAAAAAAGAUAAACUUGGUGUCAAAAAGCAACUGUUCCCAUUCCCUCUUUCUUCUUGGGGGGCUCAGCCAGCACACAGACAAGAGGCUACCUGGGCCUUGGCUGAACACACCACCAGCUGCCAAGAGCCAAUGGGUUCUGGAACAGGAGGAACAUGGCUUUUAUUCCCAGGCACCCAAGCUGCAAUUUCCAAGGAAAGAGCUCACUCAAAUCCACGCCUGAAUGGGACAAAGCCCCCUCCUUAGAGCCUAAGAUCACGGCUCUGAGCAAACUGCAAUGCCAAAGCCUAACUGACAUCCCUGCUCCUUAGGGAGUAGCAGAGAGGGGCACAGGUGGCUGGUAUCCCACAUGCUGGGCAGCUGCUCUGACACCCCCACCUCUGGUGGGCCUGUGAGGGGCAGCCACUCACACUGCUUUGGUAUCCUCAGGGCCUCGCUGUCCAGCGCCAUCACUUGGUGCAGAACACCCCGGAACUGGUAGAGCACUUUCAGAUUCUUCUCCUCACCCACACAUGGGUCAUAGAACCCUGGCAGCCCAGCCUGGAACACAGAGAUUGUGAUUCUAAAGACUGAGGAGACAGCCAUUUGAAACACGACCAUGACAGUCUCUGUUUCUGCCUUAAGGUGCAUCUGGAAGCAGCCUGACUUUUCCCUCUGGAGCUGCUCAUGACGGAUGCAAGCUUUAGAGCUCGAAUGAAAAUACAUGAGAAUUUCAAAAAAGUUGCAUAUUUAGUCCUAGACUUCCCUCUCAAUAUAGGCCUCUUCCCCCAGGCCAAAGAAAGCUCUAUCACAACAAAAGCCCGGCCAAGACAGAGACACUAGGGGACGUCCUUGGGAGCCUGGCAUUGUCUGGCCCGAGUUAACCUGCAUUUUCGUUCAUCCAUGCCCAGGCCUCCAGCAGUGAGUCACACAUAUGCUCCAAGUGACUUCACGCUCUUUCUGGAGCAGGCAAGUAAGAAACAGAAUGUUCAGGAUGUCUGUUUUGUUUGUGGCUGUACCCAAAAAAGGCCCAGCACGUAUUAGGCACUCGAUAGAUACGUGCUGACUAGCUGGCUGAAUGAAUCAAUGAAGGAAUGAAAGAAAUAUUCCAGUGAUGUUAUUAGUCGAAUUCUGGGCUGCACCCCAGGCAGUGAAUGCAUGCCACGUGAAGGACCCCAAUGCAGCAAAGUGGACAGCUGUUUCAGGGACCAGGCUGUCCUUGCCAGAUGGAAUUUUUUCCUCAAACUGCCCAUCUUCCCUUUCCCAGUCUUCUAAUCACAAGGCAUGCCGUGGCUGGCAUCACUGUACCUUGGAAGCUUCUGUGAGGAUAAGCUUGGAGUCCUUCACCAGGCACUGCAGGGGCACAGUCACGUCAAUCACCUUGACCUUCUCGUUCUUCCUGCUCUUGUCGUUAACAAACUUCCCAUACCAGGCAUUCAGGAUGAUGAGCCCUGAAGGACAAUCUCUGUCAGGGCCAGAGUUGGCCUCUAUAGGGCAUGUCUUUACUAAGCUUGGCUGCAGGAGCUGUAGGCUCCUGUGAAACCCCGAGUGCCUCCCUGACCCUGUCCCAAGAGAGGGCCUGCCUACUCACCCAUUCUGGACUCUUCUGCCUCAAUUAUUCUUCGGACAGAUUCCUGCAUCAACCGAACCUGCCAAAGAACAAGAACGACUACCGUCAGGGCCCUCAGUAGGUCCCACCUCUUUAUCCAGAGGGCCAGGGACAUGGGGUCUGUGUGGUACAUGAACUGACAAGUCUGGGGCCCCUGUCCAGGACACCUGCUCAGGAUUCUGUGAGGAAAAGGAGGAGGAGGCGGCCCAGAGAGCUCGGCCCUGGAACUAGCCCACUUUGGAACCAAGUCCUAGAGUAAGCAGCUCCAGCGAUGGCACAACCUCCUCCACCCCCGAAGCCCUGAGCCCAGUGGGAGUGAUGAUAGCACCUCAGCUCCUUCCAGUGGGUCGUCAGAGGCAGGCAGGCCUUACUGACCCAGUAAAAAAAUACUGUGCUGUCAACACUAAAAAUAAGGAGGGUCCACACAAGAAGCUGGAUUCUUAGCUCCUUUUGCAAAAAGGGCCUGUUCUCCGGGCCCCAGUCUGCUUGGCAGAGCUGCACUGUCCCCCUCAUGGGCAUGGGCUCUCUAGGCUGCACACGUGGCCAUGUCACGCUUUGGGUCACCUGCCUGGGUGCUGUACGCAUCUGCACCUCAGCCGUUCUGCCCACGAAGAACUGACAGGUACUCUGCCAUUUCUCUAGGAUAGCGCCAUUCCCGUAAGACUCAUAAAAGGGAAUCGAUCCACUUAACGGAAAGGGAGGACAAUGCCCACAGCUUUUAAAAACGCCUUGUUAUACCUUCUGAGGGUUAGUGUAUGUAACAUUCAGGACAGGGACCAAAGGUCCCAGUCUUGCAGCCCAUAAGCAAUAUAUGUCCUAAAAUGAACAACAAGGUUGUUGGGGAAGAAGUCUGGGACCAUGUCCUUGAGACCAAUAUGCAGAGUAUGAAGCAUUCUCCAUGCAGCCCCAGUCUUAGAAAUAGGAACUGGCAGGAAAAGAGGAGCCAUCACUGCAUUCUCAGGUCUGCCUCACAGCAGUAAGGAAAACUCACAGAGAGGACAGAGCAUCAAAAGCACUCCCGGGGUGGCGUUUAUAUAGCACUUACGGCAGCUUCUGCCUCUUGUUUCUUUUGCAGAAUGUCCGUGGCUGUGCUUUCCCUCUGCUUUUCCAACUCCCUUGCGCAAGGGAAACACAAGCCACACAUUAGCGGGUGUUACACAGCAGUGAGUCAACAGAGCCCCCUCGCUGGCCCGGAGCCCAGCAAACAGUCUGUGAUCUGAGAGGGUUUCUAGUUCUACAGCUUUCACAAAUACUUCCAAGACAAGCUCAAGCAAAUCUGUUAGUCACAGGCCUGUGUGGCUCUACUUUGUUCCUAGAUGGCUCUCUCCUGCCUCCUGAAGCCCAUGGUCCUCUCUCUGGAAAAUAACUCCACCUGGUAAGAAUCUCAGGGAAGUGGGAGGUCUGAGUAGAAGAUGAGACUCAACCAACUUGCCAGGAUUAUUAUAUAACAUGUUUGGUGGGAACAAUUAAUAACAGUUUAGAUAAUAAAAAUAUUUUCCUUUAGCAAAGCAUAGGGUCAAAGGACAUGACCCCAUUACAUUCUUUGUUCCACGCUUCAAGCCUCCUUGGAAAUUGGGACCCUGAAAACAAGAAUCAUUCCAUUCUCCUAGAUUGUCUAAGUAUAAUGCUUUAUCAAAUUAGAUCAUUAUAAAGUAACAAAUCUGAACCACCUCUCAGUUUUCUGUAGAAGUGCCCUCACUAGGAGUUUAAUGUCAUGCCCCAAUGGAUUAUCUAUGAGAAACUGCAAAAUAAUUUACAUUCCAACGAGUUCCACGACAACAGUUAAUGCAUGCCACUUAUAUAAGAACCUAGAACUCAUUCCUCUUUGAAUUCAGUGCCAGGAAAAGAAAUUGUUUGUUAGAAUAAGAUAAAGGAAGACUUUUAAAUCUCUUGUGGUCAUGGUAUAAUCUCAACAGUUUUUAAACCAACUGAAAGGAGGAGGGUUGUGAAUGAGAGGGCAACAGUAGUACCACUACAAAUGAUAAUAAUAGUUUUAUUAAGUGCUUAACACUUACGAAGCACUUAUGGGACAGACACCAUGCCAAGCACAUAUCUGCAUUAAUUAAUCUAAUUUUCCUGACAGCGGAGGCUGAGCUGUUCAGUGAUUUUCCCAUGACAUACUGUAAACUCACUUUUCUUUCUGAGCCCUGAGAUAUGGUUUGAUGAUCAGACGAUGCAUAGCGAAGUAGACUACCAGAGGCCCCACGGUGGCGUAGAACACAGCACUGGGGAGAAGCUGAUCUGUCAAAUGGAUCGGGAAGAAGUAAGUCUGACUGGCUC